AUGUCUACUUCAAGUCCUCGACAAGCAGCAUCUCUAGAGACACUGCCUCCAGAGAUUUUAAUUCCCAUCGUAACACGCCUUCCAGGGCUCGACAUUCUCUGGGACCUGAUCACGGCAUCCCCUCACGUCUGGCGUCUCUUCAGCGACCAUGCCAUCACCAUCGUCGAAUGCAUCCUCUCAGGUCCCAAUGCAGUAAUACCACCCGAGAUUGCAGAGCUCAUACGCGCUGCCAUACUCGUGCGCACUCGAGCAGUUCCUUUUGAGAGCCUGAAUGAAUUCCAGGGCCGGUUCUUACGCAAAGUCGGGCGCAAGUGGAAGGGCAGCGACAUGGAAGCCCCUCCUAGACCGUCCCCAGAUGAAAAGCUGAGCCCUGGAUGCUUGUCGACUGCCAUGCCCUCUGUCGAGGUUCUUCGAUCGGUUGUCGCAACCGCUCAUCAGAUAUCUGCCCUUUCGCAAGCAUGCUUGACCUCGUUCCUUGAUCGGGUGAGAGAUCCUGGCUUCAGACCUUUGCACCUUGGCAAUCCUGAAGACCGACGAGGGCCAAAUGGUCAAUACAUCGAAGCCUGGGAUCAGGUCUUUGCCGGGGAACCGGUGAGUGUGGUUGAUGUAGGUCAGCCCACGUGGGUAGAAGAGAUGCGAGUCGUGCGAGCUCUAUGGUACAUUCAGCUCGUGGGUGAAAUGCGUCGCCAGAUGGGCAGUCUAGAGUGGCCAGCUCAGGAUAUCGAGGGUCUGAAAGAAAUGAAUCCCGGCGAUGACCGCCAUAACCUUGGAAGCCCAUACCCUCUGUCUCCCGAAGAAGUCAGGUCUGUCAUGGGAUAUCUGGCAACCCUUGGGGAGGCGAAGCAAGAUUUAUUCUACCGACUACCCCGUCCUCCUCGUUGUGAGAGAUGGACUACAGCUUUGCCCAUUCGAGGUGAGCGAUACAUGGAAAUCGCGGGAUACCGGGAGGAUGGCCGCCCUAUCAAGCGGAGCAAGUUUACUGAAGAUCGGCUUUGGGGCCGGACCCCGGUGGCACUGGAUGGAGACGCCCCUGGAAUGUCAAUCUUUGAAUGCUUGGCCAACCCCCCCUCUCACCCUAUCAGCGCAUCUCCCCUGGAGGGUAUAAAGUUCGACUCGUUCCGCCCGUUCGGUCUCGCAAUCUGGGAUGCGUGGAGGAUGUAUCAUUUGGGCCUACACUCCUCAAUACUCGAAGGCCAACGACGCUUGCCCCAUGAUGCCUUUUAUUUCUUCGCUUGGGAGAGUAUUCUUCCUUCUGAUGAGGUUGCAAGUGUCAAGUCCAAUCUUCGGGCAAGGAAGAAACGUGUGUCUGAAGAGCGACAGGCGCCGUGA